AUGUUACCAUUGAAAUGCUUCAGAGGUGACAUUCACCUUAGCAAGGUCGCUAGAGAGUAUAAUCCCGGUGAUACCGUCGAUGGCAUGUUCCGUUUGACUGCAAACAGGCCCUUCUAUUUGAAGCACAUUUACGCUGGAUACACCUGCAAGUCCACAACCAGCUUGCUUAAGCAAGACCAGAAACUCUUUCUCAGUGGAGUUCAGCCCAAACUGAUCCAAGGUGAUGAAGACCACUACUUAUUGAAUUACGAAAAUGAAGUCUUGACAUUGCCCCAUGAAGUCAAGGACAAGGAAAAGGUUGAGGUGCCUUUCAGAAUCAAGCUUCCACGUUUAAGCCAAAAGUACGGUGCCUGUGACACUCACACAUAUCCUCGUCGGGAUGGGCUUUUCGACCAUGUUCCAGAACACCAGAGGAUCCUUCCACCCAGGGCUAAGUUUAAGGUAAGCCAGAAUACCAUAAUUGAUGUCUCACAUCACAUCAAGGUGGAAGUGUGUGCUGUAGUUAAUGGAAAGGAAGAAUGGGAUGAGGUGAUUCAGCCAAUGCCUUUUGAGCCGCUUCCAGACCAGGUUCCACGGAAUUGGGACCAUUUGACGAAAGAUGAAGAGCUUCUUCCAGAUAUUCAGGAAAAAACCAUGAUCGCCAAGAUCCAAGCGUCUUUUGGCACUGGGCCCCGAGAAAUGGAGACAAAGCUUGCCAUUCAAUUCUUGGAUCCCGGGCUCAUAAACGGGCCGUUGGGACCUUCCAGAAGAGGUCUUAUUUGCGACCACCCUUUACCGGAUUUCAUCAAGAUCACCGUUGAGCUUCCCAUAGAGGCUUUCAAGCUGAAGUUCCACGCGAGACCAAUUCAUAUCAUGGGAACCAGGGUUGUUCUGAUGAGAGAAGCGACGAUUAUCGGUGGAAUUCACGGAAAAACCGACAAUCCUGGCGAAUACUGCUAUAAGAAGCACCGCAAGGUCUACUGUCUGUCAGCUAUCGUGGGACAAAGGGGUUGCAAGGAGAAGGUACAACCGGAAAUUAUUGACAACAAGGCAGUCUUUGAGAUUCCAAAACAUCUUUUUGGUUUCCGUAUUCCACGAACAGGUGAAUCCUUGAAAGCGUGCAAUUUCACCGUGGACUCAAUCUUGACUGUGAGCAUACAAUUAUUGAUUGGGCACAAUACCAAAAUCGAGCUUUCGGAGCAGCUUCCGAUCAUGGUGUUAGUGCCGCCGAGUGAAAGAGCCAAGACAUUCUUAGCUGGUAGGAAUGGGCAUCCUCAGUCCACCCACCAAUAUUCGACUUUCCUUGCAGGUAGGCAGCCCAAACCAAUUCCGGUGAAGAAGGCUCCAGUGAAGGUUCCAGUAAAGAGGGAAGCUUCUAAGAAGGGCCUUGUUUCCACGCUUUUGUUGAAAGCCUUUCCGAGGUUAGCAAGUGGUCCACAAGUGGCCAAGACUGAGAACCAGGAUGGUGAGACAAAUGAGGAUGCUGAACCCAAGGAGGAGGAUGAGCCAAAAGACGAUAGUGAGUCCAAGGGUGAGGACAGUGGGGAAGCAUCCACCGAGGAGGCCGUACCAGAGGAGACCUCAGAUUGUAGCCCUCAUCCAAAGGAAACAUCGGUCCUAAAGGACAAUCCAAAGAAUGAGACCUCUCCAAAGGAAGAAUCUUCUCCAAAGGUUUCUAAUCUAGAGAACCUGGCUUCGAAAAACGCUGAAAACCCAACCGAGAAGACGCCUCCAACUUUGAAGAGUACCGGACUCAGAAAAAAGGGCUUUCCAUGGUGGUACUCUCCACUGAAGGAGGCUUCACCUUCUGAGAACAAUGCAGAUUCACGGGAAGCGCCUUUGACGAAGGACACCGCCAUUGAAAGAAGCUCCAGUUUAGCCAACAUGCUCAAGUUCUUCGAGAAGCUCAACCAGAGCAAAGACGAUCAACUGAAGAAUAGCACAAAUGGUGAAUCUACAUCAGAGUCUUCGAGGCCGGAAUCUCCAAAGCCGGAAUCUCCAAAGCCGGAAUCUUCAAAGCCUUCUAAAAGUAGCUCCGACGAGACGCUUGUGCAAGAUGAAGUAACUGAGAAUCCACCUUCUGAAAAUACACCCUCUUCUGCAACUUUAGGAAGGAAGACCAUGGAGUGUUCUCCCGGAAGCAGUUCGGAAAGUGACCACACAAAGUAUACUGACUGCGCUGAACAAUUCUAG